CAAGCUUUUUCUUUAGCGACCAACACAAACUGCUUGCACUCAUGAGCCAUCAGAAUGGGUUGAUAUAUUCUCCCAAACUGCGAGCUGAUGUGUCAGGUGAUCCUGCCAUGAUGGACAGACCUGGUGGACCUUCAAAUAUGGCCACCGUUCCUCGACUUGGAGAUACGGCUCAUCAUUGAGCUACAAUUCAACAAAAUGGUUAGCUUGAAAGAUAUUAAGAAGUCAAACGCCUCCCUACAGGACCUUCCGCCCGGUCUUGUCGCAGUCUUUGUUGGAGCUACUUCUGGCAUUGGUCUUGGAACCCUAGAAGCACUAGCCAAGAAUGCCAAUGGCCCAAGGGCAUACAUCAUCACUAGGUCAAAAGCCAAUGCGACGCCUAUCAUUGAUAAUCUCAAACUUUUGAAUCCAAUGGCAACAUUCAUGCCCAUCGAAGGGCAAUUCUCAUUCAUCAAAGACGUUGAUUCAAUGAGUGAGGAGAUCAAGAGAUUUGAGACCCAUAUCGACAUUCUAUGCAUCAGUCCAGGGUAUCUGGGACUUGGUGGACGACAUGAUACACCAGAAGGAAUGGACACAGACUCUGCACUCCAGUUCUAUUCCAGACAGCGUUUGAUAAUGAAUCUUCUGCCUCUGCUUGAGCGAAGCUCUUCUCCCCGUGUGAUUUCCGUCUUUGCCCCAGGAUUCGAAGGCCCCAUCGACAAAGACGAUCUUGAGUGUCGCAAACACUUCGACAACAUCAAAGCUUGUCGUGCUGCUUCCACGAUGACCGAUCUCAUGUUCGAGGAACUCGCAAAGGAGCGUCCGACAGUCAGUUUCAUUCAUUCUUACCCCGGCCAAGUCGGAGGUCGUCUUAUGGAUCAUGCUCUUGCUUCAGCUUCUGGACUUCUUUGGCUUCCAGCGCAGAUCUCGAGAUAUACUGUUUUGCCAGUCUACACUCAUCUCAUGUGUAUCACUCCAGAGGAAGCUGGGCAACGAACACUCUUUCUAGGUACAAGCACCAGGUUCCCGCCUACUACGGAUCAUGGUAUCACAGGAAAGGUCGAUGGGUUUGUGGAGCGCCCGAACGGCGUCGGGGUUGCAAGAUCAACUGUGAUGAAAGACGGACAGGGUAACGGCGUCUACAGAGUCAACUGGAAUGCUGAGAUUGUGAAGGAUAGUAAACUAAUCGAUCAAUAUCGUGAGGAGGGCUAUGGUAAGAUGGUGUAUGACCAUACCACGAACGUGUUUGAGAGGUCUUUGUCGGGAAAUGCUAAUUGAUCUCCGGGAUACCUUGCAACACCAAAUUGUCUUCUGAGCCGCUCAGUGAUUCCGCUUCCUUGGAUUUUGAACUGGAGCUUGAUGAAAUUCGACUCGGGUGUUAAUGUUAUUCCUUAACUGUCUCCCG